UUCGUCUUCCGACCAAUGGAAACCAAGAGAUCUCAAAAUCAUCCUUCAAUCACUUCCCACUCUUUUCUGCUUCAUUUCUCCCCUUACAGUUUCGGAUAACGCCUCUCAAUGGCCGCCUCUACUUCCAUCUUCUCACCCACCGCCGCCACCGCUGCCGCCGUCACCUCCUCCUCCUCCUCUACCCACCGACCACUGUUAUACAAUUUCCCCUCAAAGAUCACGCCACAAUUCAACAGACCCACCACCCGCAUCCUCGUCUCCUCCUCCUCCUCCUCCUCCCCCACCAGCACUUCUCGCGCCGCCGCCGCCGCCGCUUCGAAAAACGCCGCCGAGGAAAUCGUGUUCUUCGACGGGGGCGCUCACUAUGGCGACCUUGUGGCUAACCUUCUUCUGGGUUUUACUCUCUUAUGGCUGCCCCUGACUGUGGCCGCAGUUUCCAGGGCGUUUAACCUCAGGUACAGAUUCACCAACCUGCGGGUCACGGUCAUUUCAGGACUGACGGGUGAGGACAGAAGUGAUUUCUCGUACCAGGUGAUCAAGGACGUUCAGGUGGUGCCACGUUUCAUUGGGGAAUGGGGUGAUGUUGUGAUCACUCUCAAGGACGGCACCAAAGUGGAUCUUAGGAGCGUCCCCAAGUUCAGAGAGAUCGCCAAAUACUGUCUCUCAAUGGCUGAUAAACCGGCUGUUCCAAAAGAGAGUGGCCCUAAAGGAUUUUAGACACCACCGAUUCAGUUCUUCUGUUUCUUUGCGAGAGAUAUGAAUUAAUGAACAACCGUCGAUGAAGUGAAGCUCUUGGAGAGGUUAGGGACAGAAUGAGUAGCCAUUAUCUUGAAACACAACCCAUCGUCUCGCCCAUAUCCUUCAAUCUAGACAACCAUGGGAGGACACA